AUUUGCAAUGUUUGUGUGACCAGACCUGUACAAUCCAAUCAGCUGUUUGCGCGACCGCCAUUUGAAUUUCCUGAAAUGCGCCGCAGCCUGGCGCCCAGCCAACGGGGUCCACAGCGUCCCGAGUCGCGGCACUUCUUUGCGCCACCGCUUCUGAAGAAAAACAAGCGAGCCUGCCAGCAGGAUCUGGAGCGGGAGCAGGAGCUCGACAGGAAGCGCCAGAGUGCCCUGCGAGGUGGCGGCAACACGGAGGACCUGCCACUGCCCAUUCGCAUUGCGAACAGCGAGUAUGAGCGGGCCAUUGCCAAGGUGCUGGCCCGGAAGUUCAAGGUGCCCAUCGAUAAUUACGUUCCGGAUUACGGCGGAAACCGCUGCCUCGGUGUACGACGCUGCAUUUCCCGGCGACCUCUGCACGAUCCGCUAGCCUGCAACGCCCUGGUUCUAUACCAACCACCCGACUACACGGAGCACGAGCGGAUGGCCAUGGAUCCCAGCCAGAUCCUGGUGCACGUCGUCGUGGAUCCCCUGCUUUGCAACAUCCUGCGGCCGCACCAGCGCGAGGGCGUGCGAUUCAUGUACGAGUGUGUGGAGGGCAUGCGGGGCAACUUCAACGGCUGCAUCAUGGCCGACGAAAUGGGUCUGGGGAAGACGCUGCAGUGCGUCACCCUGGUGUGGACACUCCUAAGGCAGGGGCCCGAGUGCAAACCUACGAUUAACAAGGCCAUCGUCGUGUCGCCGUCGUCGCUGGUAAAGAACUGGGAGAAGGAGUUCACGAAGUGGCUACAAGGCCGCCUGCUCUGCCUGCCUAUGGAAGGUGGCAACAAGGAGAACACCAUUAAAGCCCUCGAGCAAUUCUCCAUGACCUCGUCACGCCUUGGCACACCCGUUCUGCUCAUCAGCUAUGAGACAUUCCGCAUCUACGCAGACAUCCUGUGCAAGUACGAGGUGGGAAUGGUGAUAUGUGAUGAAGGACAUCGGUUGAAGAACAGCGAUAACCUCACCUACCAGGCACUAAUGGGCCUGAAAACAAAACGGCGGGUCCUGCUCUCCGGCACACCUAUCCAAAACGACCUCACGGAGUACUUCAGUCUGGUGAACUUUGUGAACCCAGAGAUGCUGGGCACGGCGGCCGUCUUCAAGCGGAACUUCGAAAGCAGUAUUCUGCGGGGCCAGAAUGCAGACUCCACGGAAGGAGAGCGGAAGCGGGCCAUCGAGAAGACGCAGGAGUUGAUCGGACUGGUCGAUCAGUGCAUUAUCCGUCGCACCAACCAGAUUCUCACCAAAUACCUGCCCGUUAAGUUUGAGAUGGUCAUCUGCGCAAAGCUUACGCCCAUUCAGCUGGAGCUCUAUACGAAUUUCUUGAAAUCGGAUCAAGUACGCCGCAGUUUGGCGGACUGUAAUGAGAAGGCCACGCUCACGGCCCUGGCGGACAUCACAACCCUUAAGAAGAUUUGCAGUCAUCCGGAUCUUAUUUAUGAUAAGAUAACAGCACGAGAAAAGGGAUUCGAAAGUUCGCAGAACGUGCUGCCGAGCAACUACAAACCGAAGGAUCUCAAUCCUGAACUGAGUGGCAAAUUCAUGCUGCUAGAUUUUAUGCUAGCCGCCAUACGCGCAGAUGGCAAUGACAAGGUGGUUCUCAUCUCCAAUUACACACAGACCCUGGAUUUGUUUGAGCAGCUGGCGAGGAAGCGAAAGUACGGAUUUGUUCGACUUGAUGGCACUAUGUCCAUCAAGAAGCGCUCAAAAGUGGUUGACCGGUUUAAUGACCCGGAGUCGGAUAGCUUCCUUUUCAUGCUGAGCAGCAAGGCCGGCGGCUGCGGAUUGAAUUUGAUCGGAGCCAACCGGCUGUUUAUGUUCGAUCCUGACUGGAAUCCGGCCAACGACGAGCAGGCGAUGGCCAGAGUGUGGCGCGAUGGGCAGAAGAAGCCCUGCUACAUUUAUCGCCUUGUAGCGAGUGGUUCAAUUGAGGAAAAGAUCUUGCAGCGGCAGACGCACAAGAAGUCGUUGUCCAGCACAAUUAUUGACAACAACGAAUCAGCCGAAAAGCAUUUUACUCGCGACGACCUUAAGGAUUUGUUCACAUUUGAUGCGAAUAUUCUGUCCGACACGCACGACAAACUCAAAUGCAAACGAUGCGUACAAAACAUCCAAACUAAGCCCCCGCCCGAUGACAGCGACUGCACCUCGCAUUUGUCCCAGUGGUUCCAUUGCUCCAACAAUCGAGGUCUGCCCGACAGUAUUCUCGCCCAGGCCUGGACGGACAGCAAGUGCGUCUCCUUUGUCUUUCACCACCGGUCACAGGCACAUGAGAUUGUGGCAAAGCCGGAGGAGGAACCAUUGGAGGAAAAACCAGCUAGUCGGAAACGUCCAUCUACGCCCCUCAGUGAUGACAGUGCUGACGAGGACUUCAUUGGAUUCUAAAAAUUGUUGGCUGAACUUUGUUUAUUCUUGCAAUUGUUUGCAUUGUUUAUUGUUUAUCAAUUUGCCCAAUUUCGUUUACUUAAGUCUAGACUUAAGAUAAUUUUCUGGCUUCCUUCGCAAUCUUAACAAUUAAAUAGUGUAACAUUUCAAAAAUGGAACCAGCACAAAAUGUAAACGUGCUAGAGAUAAAAGCUCUUUUGAACAAAUCUGGCAAACUAAAAAUCAGUCCAGAAAAUGGGAUUAUUCUUUUGUGAAAUACUGAUUAAUUUUCAUAAUAUUCAGUGGCCGUCAAUUAUACAUUAGUCAAAUCGUAGUUUUAAAUAGAUCAGUACAAAUAAACUUCGCACAGAUAGGAGUUUGGAAAAA